ACAAGGUGACAUUCAAACUCACAAUCUCCUCCUUAGAUCCAGCUGAGCUCUCAUCUCCUCUCAACAUGGCCUACAGCUGCUGCUCUGGAAACUUCUCCUCCCGCUCCCUUAGGAGCUGCCUGUCCUCCUCAGGAUCCUGCCUUACCUCUUCCUACCCCAGCAACCUGGUCUACACCACUACCAGCUGCUCUCCCAGCACCUGCCAGCUUGGAUCCUCUCUGAGCAGUGGCUGUCAGGAGACCUGUGUCGAGCCCAUCAGCUGCCAGAGGUCCUGUGUGGUGUCCAGCCCCUGCCAGAAGCCCUGCUACUACCCCAGGAGCUACACACCCUGCAGUCCCUGCCAGGGGACAUAUGCUGGCUCGCUGAGCUUUGGGUCCAGAAGCUGCAGUUCCCUGGGCUACAGAUCUGGAAUCUGCUACCCAGCGAGCUGUGGAAGCAGUGGCUUCAGAUCCCUGAAUUGUGGAGUCUAUGACUUCCCUUCCCUGGGUUAUGGGUCUAGAACCUACUACCCAGUGUAUGUGGAUUCUACACGAUUUCAACCUUCUUGUUAUACAUCAAUCUGUGGCACUGGCUUCUAG